AUGAAUAAUCUAAAAAGAAUUUUGAUAAAUAAUAAUAAUAUUAAUAAUUUAUAUAAACCCUUUAUUUAUAAUAAUAGAUAUUUUACAACAAAUAACAAUAAUAAUAAUAAUAAUAAUAGUAAUGAUGAUAAAAACAAUUUAAAUUAUAAAAUUAAUGAUAUGGUCAACGAGAUUAGAAAAUUCGAUUUAUUAAGUGAAUUAAAAAAAGAAGAUUUAAAGCAUGGAUUUUCAUAUGAAAAAGGUCAUUUAAAACAAUUAAUGGAAUUAAUGGAAAAAGAAAUUUUAAUUGAAUCUCAAAAACAACAAAAAGAAAUGGAAUUUGACGAAAAUGUAUAUAAUAAAUUGAUGAAUGAUUUUAAAAAAAGAGUUUCAGAACAUGAAGAAUUUUUAAAAAAAGAAAAAAAGAAAUCAAAUAUUAAAUUUUAUAUACUUUCCAUUUUUUUAGGUGUUGUACUUGCUCAACAAAUUCAAAUUGGUUUAGAAAAAAUUCAAAAUAAUAAAGAUCAAUUUGAUGAAAGUUGGGAAAAACUCAGAGUAAUAGUCACCGAAAGAGAUGAUUUAAGAAAAAAGAAGCAAUCUCUUCAAGAAAUGAUCACCGAUCAAAUAUCAAAAGAAAUUGAGCCAAAAUCAAUUUACUCACUCGACAAUGAAGAUAUUAAACAUAAUGUUGACUCUAUUGUAAAUGAACUUUGUAUUGAAAAUAAAUCACCAUCGGAUAUUUUAUCAAAAUCGAAUAAAAAUCUUUCGAAUAGUAAAAUUUAA